AUGCCAGGUUUGAGUUUAUUCUCUACCAUCUUUGACCUUUUAACUGGCCGUGAAUUCGUUCGCCGCCAUGUGGGCCACCAACCCGAGGCUCUCAUCCACCUGUUCUGUGUAGUUCCCCAACAGCCCCUCAUCCACGACUACCUUCUCUUCCAGUACUCGGAUCAAAAACUCGUGCAACACCUUGCCGAUUCAGAGAUAUCACUCAGGAACGCAAAAGAGAAGGGUGUCCUCGACGGGGAAGAAGGAUGGAGGAAGAAACUGCAGGGUCUUGUUCCGGCGGAGGGGGUUGAGGUGAAGCACAUUCGAACGGGUGAACGGGUGCAUGUUUCUCGGAGGAUAGUGGUUGUUUUCGUGAUGAUGACCAUGGCCGAUUUCUAUGACCAGUUAUUUGAUUUUUAGGAUGUGCUGUUUGAUAACCGGAACGGUCGGCUUGAGCUUUUUAGGAACAAUUUGGGGGCUUUGUGGCCGGGAGAUGGGAAGCCGGGUCUGUGGAUGAAU